AUGCAGAACAAUGUAGGAACCCAUACGAUCGGCCCCAUCCAUGUCCUUCCCGAUGACCUCCUGGCGCUCAUCUUCGAUAAUAAUAUCAGCCCCACUGCGAGGGAGAACUCAGGCCUAAAAGACACCCUCGUUGCCUCCCGGGUCUGUCGAUCCUGGCGAGCUCUCUUGCUGAGCUCUCCCUCCCUAUGGGCCUCACUCAUCGACCUCGGAUGCCUCACCCUCAAAGGGAUAUCAGAAGUCAUGAACCGUACCGGGGACGCCCCAUUGUCGGUGUACGCCAACGAGAGCCUCGACUAUACACGGGCAUGCGAGCACCUCCUCCCGAUCCUCGCCCAGCACUUCCAUCGCAUCCGACAUCUUAGGAUCUUCAUCAACCUCCGACCGCUAACAUUCGAGAUGGGACGGCCCGUGUACCCUACCAUCAAGAGCAGCGAUUGGGAGCCAUUGUUUCGCGCUGCACCCUACCUUGAACAUUUCGAUCUGACAUUCCACUCGUGGCGCCGUCGAAAAGUACCAAUAUUUAGACCGGGCCUCUUCGGUGGGCAGGCAGCGCGAUUGCGCACUCUUUGCGUCUCGUCGUCGGCGCUCCACCCCCUUGAUCUCAACGCGCCAUGGGUCCCGCAGCUACGGCAUCUUGAAUUUAAGGAGGAACAAGUGCUAGAAAGUAUCACCUCAACGGCUUGGUUGAGUGCGUUAAAGAGCAUGCCUCAGCUGGAAUUCUUUGCUCUGAAGAGCAAUUUUAUGCCAUUCAAUCACUUCACCGACGAAGAAUCCACAUUCCCAUCUGACCUAUCCGCUGUAUACCUCCCAUCCCUCACCAACUUGUUACUGGAUAUACGCGGUCUCAUGAACGCGACCCUUUUACUCAAGUAUAUCCUCCCUGCACCGAACUGCCGGAUGCACCUCACCGUCAACGUCACCGAAUACAUUACACCUCCAGGUGAAGAAUUGAGUGAACUGCAGACGUUGUUCACCAGCGCAUUAUCCUCUCACCUACAGAGGUGGUUCAGUGAACGCAUCACCCCAUCUUCAAGACCAUCUAUCAGUCUAGACGUGGAUGUUAGGUCAAUCACCGUCGAGUUGCAGCCGUGCUUACACGGUGUCAAUGCCAGUACCCAUGCCAGCCUACCAUGGCACCUCAGGCUGGACAGUGGAUACUCCGGCACGUCGAGUUGGACAUUCCCCCUUGACGCGUUCUCUCCCUUCGACCUUGGCGUUAUCACCGAGCUCGAGCUGGGAACUGACUCAGCGGCACGGUGCGACUCCAGCGUCGUCUCCUUCCUCCGCUCUCUAUGCAACGUGCACACGCUGAGGGCCGGCGCGAAGACGCUGGACGUCCUCGCGUCCGUUGGGAACCUCAACCCACUAGGCUUAUCUGAAUCCGAGGGGAUCUUGUUCCCUGAGCUUGAAUGCGUCAAGGUCAAAUACCUCAUCCAGGACCCUGCAACGCCAUCUUCACGUUCGGGACAUGAGCCCUCCCGAGGAGAACCGGAAACAGAGCUUUGGAGGCCUGUGAGGAGCUUCCUCGAUUGGAGGGAACGAAUGGGAUCUCCCGUCCGAGUUUUGGAUCUCACGGACCGGGAGUCGGCUGGGAAACAUGUGCCGGAGUUAGGGGAUAGUAAUGGGAUGGGGUUAUUGUACAUACGCUCGUGGGCCUGA